GAUGGGAAGCGAACUGGGCCAGAGAUGUCGUCCGGUCUCCUGGCACCUCCUGGGGGAGGAGACCAGCUCUGUGUCUUCUUGCUAAGAGCUGAAGGACAGCAGGAGGAGGAGGCGAGGAAAAAGGAGGUGGGCUGCCAGUGGGAGAGUCCAGAGGAGGACAGGAGGGAGGUGGGCUGCCAGAGUGACUCUGCUGAGAGGAGGGAUGCUGCUGUGCAGGUGGACCUCAGCUGGACACAUUCAGGGUCGUCCUCUGUGUUGCUGCAGUGUGUUGCAGUCCGGCCUGAUGGACCAGACGGGGGUGCUCUGCUGCAGCACUGCACUUCCACACGGACAAGAACCAGAACCAUCAAACCCGCCAUUAGACUCUCCCCUAGCCUCAUCCAGUCCAGGUCCAGGACCCCAAGGAGACCACCUCCUGAGAGCUCUGACACCACCAAACAAAACCCACCUCAGCGUCGCCGCCGCAGAGUGUCGCCUGAUGCUGACCAACAGGAAGAGGAGGAGGUGGAGGAAGAGGUAGAAGAGGGAGACACGGGUGAUCCUGCCUGGACUCCACCUGAAGGAGAUGUCCAUUCUCACCCGUCUCCCUCGGCUCUCGGGGACAUCCAGCUGGACUCACAGUCCCAGCAUGCACGUCUUCGUGUGAUAAAGCUGGAGCCUGACAGCACCAUGUGUGAUGUUUGUGGUAAAGUGAUGAAGAAUAAGUCGAGUCUGGCACGACACUCCUUCAUCCACACAGGGAAGAAGCCUUUCGCCUGCCACCUGUGCAACUUGCGCUUCAACCGCCGUGACAACCUGCAGCACCACCUGAACCAGCUACACCCCAAUGGCAUUGCCAAGCUGGAGAAGCAGCGCGAGGUGCAGGCCUGGUUGUGUGCGGUCUGCGGUAAAACCUUCAGCUGCAGGUCCAGGCUGAAGACGCAUGAGGUCAUCCACUCGGGGGUUAAACCUCACCGCUGUGACCUCUGCCCCAAAGCCUACAUGAGGACAAAUGACCUCGAGCACCACAAAAAGAUUGUCCACGUCGAGGGCGCCACAGAGCCUCAGCGGCCGAACUCGCUACUGUGUGACUUCUGUGGUAAAGAGUUUAAGUGCAGGUCGCAGCUGUCCAUCCACUAUCAGACUCACACCGGCGAGCGGCCGCAUCUCUGUGACAUCUGUGGACGCAAGUUUGGCCGACAGCACCAGCUCAAACGCCACAAGGUUUUGGUCCAUGCCAACCGAGUGAAUGGCGAGGAGGCACUGUCGUCUGAGGUUGCAUUCACCUGCAGUGUCUGCGGCAAGCGGCUAAAGUCUGAAGUGCUGCUUGCCGCUCACUCUCGCAUCCACACCGCUGACAAGCCUCACUGCUGCAACAUCUGUCUGCACAGCUUUCAGAGCGCCACCUGCUUGAAGCAGCACCACGUACGAGUUCACCUGAAGGUCAAAGUCAGUGAUGCAUCACAUGGCGCCGGGCGAAGGAAGAGGACAGCAGUGACGAAGGUGUUCCCAUGCCCCAUCUGCAGCAAAGUUUUCAAAUUCAAGUCCCUGCUGGCAAGUCACUCGAUGAUCCACAGCGAGAUCCGACCAUAUGCCUGCGAGUUUUGCAGUCGCAGCUUCAGACGCCUGAGCCACCUGAAAAGGCACCGCGAGGUCGUCCACGCCAAUGGAGCACGCCUUCCACAGAGCUUUGUCUGCCACAUCUGCGGCAAAGACAAGAAGUGUCGCUCGCAGCUCGCCAGACACGUCAUCAUCCACACAGGGGAGCGGCCGUUCGCCUGUGACCUCUGCACUGCCCGCUUCAACCGCAGCGGGAACCUGCAGCAGCACAAGGUACGCAUGCACGAUGUGGGGAAACCCCCGCUCGAGGAACCCCCGCCCAUCCUGUUUGAUGAUGACAUGACGCCAGCACUGACUUACAAGCAGGAAGAGACAGUGGUGGCUGUCGAUGCCACCGCGGAGAGGUUAGAGACCGAACUAGAUAUUGUUCAGCAGCUGGUCGCUACCUAACAUGGUGCCUGAACUGUGGCAUUCACAGUCCUGCUUCGUUUGAGAACCGUUCCUGCUGGGGUUCAGCAUCAAACCCAGUCCGACAAGUUCUGGCUGAUUCCCAGUGGCAGAGCGUCGGUCGCACCUGCAGACAGAGCGAUGUUUGAACAGCGAUGAACCCCCUGAGUCAGACCUGGUGUGGUUGUUGAAUGCUGAAGAAUAAAUCUGUUCUGACACUUUAAUAAAACAGACAAUCACUAAUUCAUUUAUCAACUGUGUUUGACUGAAAGGAGAAUUAAAUGUCCACAUUGUGAAAGCUGUUUGUGUUUCAGUUCAGAUUUACAUCUUCUGGUCAAACCGAGUCAGCUGAGUUAACUGUAGCUGAUCUGGAGCUUUCGGUCAUGUCACAUGGUCUUCCUCAGUAGCUGGACAUGAGUGUCCUGCCUCCUGCUCUUCUCCCUUUCAUCACAAACCUUGUGUGCUUUAACAUACUUGGCCAAUAAAUGUGAUUCUGAAACAAAUCAAGAUGGCUGAUUGGUCAAAUUUUAAAUAUCAGCAAACACUCCAAAGUCAUAAAAUUUUUUUAUGCCGAAUAAUC